ACCAUCUCCUCCUUCAAGGACAUAUUGUUCAUCAUGUCUGAUCAGCCGGAAUCCCUCUUAUCUCCGAAGAACUCCGACUCCGGCCUCCAUAUCCAGCUCCACCCUCUGAUCCUCCUGACCAUCUCAGACCACAUCACCCGCCAUGCCGCCCGCUCUCAGCAAGGACCUAUAGUGGGAGCGCUUCUAGGCCAGCAGAACGGACGCGAAAUCACCUUGGAACACGUCUUUGAGUGUAUUGUGAACGAGGGCCCCAAUGGAGAUCUGCAGAUUCCGCAGGACUGGUUCGUAGAGAGAGUCAAGCAAUUCAAAGAUGUACACAAAGCUCCUGCCCUUGACCUUGUCGGCUGGUGGUCAACUGCUCCCCCGUCCGGCCCCAACACCGUCCACCUCCCAAUCCAUCGCCAGAUUCUCCACAACCACAACGAGUCCGCCGUGUUCCUCGCGUUCCACCCGUCCCUGGUACAAGACGCAUCCUCCAACGGCGGCAAGCUCCCCGUGACAAUCUACGAAAGCGUAUACGAGGGCGAAAAUGCGACAGAGAACAGCAAGACAAUGCAGGUUGAUGGAGAGGAACAAUCCCUAACGAUUCGCUUCCGAGAACUGCCCUACUCCGUCGAAACGGGGGAAGCCGAGAUGAUUGGCGUCGACACAGUAGCAAGGACAGCCAGAAACGCCGCCGCAGACACACAAGGCACGGCCUCUCUCACAAAACAAUCAGCCGGCAAAGAACCCAGCAAGGAUCAGUCAGAAGUGCUCUCCCCCGAGGAAGAAGAACUAAUCGCCAGCCUCACCACCCGCCUCAACGCCAUCAAGACCCUCGAAUCCCGUAUCUCCCUCAUCAAAUCCUACGUCGCGAGCAUCUCCACCUCCGACCCAGAAACCCCCAACUCAACAACAACCCUCUCCCACCCCAUCCUCCGCAACAUCAACGCCCUCCUCUCGCACCUCUCCCUCCUCACCCCUGAUGAACAAAGCGCCUUCACAGCCGAAGCCAUCGCCCAGAGCAACGACGUCCACCUCGUCUCCCUAUUAGGACAACUCGGCCAGAGCAUCAGCGCGAUGCGCGAGCUCGGGAAACGAACUGCGCUGAUGAACAGUGUCAGACGGACGAUGAUGUCGCGGAAAACGCAACAAUUAUCUUGGCAGAAUCGGUUCACUGAACCUUUUUCGACUGGGGAUGGGGUGAGUCAUGGAUAGGAGUGAGGUAUGUGGUGUGAGAUGGAGUUAAUCAACAUUAGUAGCUGAUAGGAGUCUUAACGAACCAUGAAUGCAUGAUCAUACCCUGACUG